AUGCCUGAUAUGGGUAUGAUGAUAUUCAGACUAAUCGCUGGUCCUCCUAAGAAGAUCCAGCUCCUCCUUUUGAGGGGAUCCUCUGUGCGUAUGCAAGCAGUUCUAAUCGAGGAGUUAAAGCUGCUCGAGCAAGUGCUCGACCAAGAGGACAAACAGCUGGGCUCACAGGCUGACCUUCUGGAUCUGGCUGCCUUCAAGUGUUCAUUUGCGCCUCAUGGCUCCAUCGCCGGUUACUCAUAUGCCGUUUCCGCAUCCAUGAGAGCCUUAGGCUGGUCAUGA